AUGGCAGUGCGUAUUAACACUCGCAUUUUUGUUUGGGCGCUAUUGUGCGUGUGGCUAUUUGUUUCCACUUUAUUUCUCGGAACUGGCAUGUUGUUGCUCUACAUUUAUGACUCAGCCGUGCAGGCCAUUUUUGGUGCACCUCUGACGCGCCUCUCGCAAACUUGUGCAAUUAUUCUAUCAGGCUGGACUUUGGUUACCUUUGGUGCUGCAAUUCGAACUGCUAGGGCAAACAGAAGGUCAGUGGCUAUGAUGUUUUUCCUCUUCGCUUUGAUUGGCUUCGCAGGAGAAAUGCUGGUCAUGAUUACAUUGGCUCGCUAUCGAGAAAACGUAUUUGGCCUUACCCUACUGCACGAUUCAACUUUGCGACUGGUUCGUAGCUACGACCUAUCCGAUGUGGCCAGAAGUGCGCUGGAUGCGAUUCAUUCACGGUUUGAGUGUUGUGGUGUGGACGAAUGGCAUCGUGAGUGGAAGGACGUAGUACCGUUUCCCCCAAGAACGGAUGGAGAUACUCAGGAACCGUGGGUGCCAGCCUCAUGUUGCAUCGGGAUCUUGAAGAUUGACCCGACCUGCGGCUUUGCAAAGAUACGCGGACCACAAACUAUGGCUCAGCUGGUGAGGCAAGAAGAAUACGGUAUGCAAACUGUUGUCCCUGCACCAUGGUACUCCCGGAUAAUAAACGAACCGUGCCCGGAAAAAAUCUUUGGAUGGCUAGAAGAGGUUCCAGUCUACACACUGAUGGUUGGGCUAUCGAUUUCCGUCUCUCGAAUGAUGUUAACAAUUCACGCUGUCUUCGGCUACACCAAUAGCAGAAGAAAACGUGGUAAACGUUGA